CGGUGAUUGGCUAGGCCUUGCUUUUUUACGUGUGCGUAUUUUUGUUCCUGUGUCAAAAACUGCUAGCUUGCUAAAAUACUGAGGCAUAUUAGCCAUCAGUGGUUAAAAACCCUACUAUCACAAGAAACGCACGCCUUUUUUUAAUUGUAUAUUUAACCGUUUAAUCGACAUCGCUGAGCUCGCGCCGAGAAACUAGCAAGACGAACAGUGCUAAAGGUUAGCGUUAGCAAUCUUGCUAGCAGAUUUUCAAAAUUUAGCUAAGCCGAGCAGGCUCUCGUCGAGUUUUUACGUUUUAAAUACAAACGAUAGAAAUAUUUUAUCGAGUCGUUUAUCGACGUUAUGGUGGACCUCAUCACUGUCCUGGAGCGGUACUAGCUAGAGUGUAACUUCAUAUACAGCUAGCAUAUAUAACGUUAGCAUCAAAGCCACCGGCCGGUGAGCCUCGGAGCAAGGCUGCUGUUUGGACUGGAUUCAGCUUCUGUGUUUUAAUUACAGUCGAUAUGAACUCCAACGUGGAGAACUUGCCCCCACAAGUUUUGAGACUGGUGUAUAAAGAAGUCUCUGCACUGGCAGCCGAUCCACCAGAGGGAAUCAAAAUUUACCCCAGUGAGGAAGACAUCACAGAACUUCACACUGCCAUUGAGGGGCCAGAAGGGACCCCAUAUGCAGGAGGCGUGUUCAGAAUGCGUUUGGUCUUGGGGAAGGAUUUUCCUGCCGUACCACCCCGGGGCUAUUUCCUGACCAAGAUAUUUCAUCCAAAUGUUGGACACAAGGGUGAGAUCUGUGUCAAUGUACUGAAGAGAGACUGGAAAGCAGAGCUCGGCCUCAGGCACGUAUUACUGACCAUUAAAUGCUUACUGAUCCACCCAAACCCGGAGUCAGCUCUGAAUGAAGAGGCUGGGAGGUUACUGUUGGAGGACUAUGCAGAAUAUGCCUCACGUGCUCACCUAUUGACCGAGAUCCACGCUAUGGGAGGAAGCUCAGGAGCUCCAGAACCUGGUGAUGGACCACAGCCCAAGAAACAUGCGGGAGAUCCGAGCAAACGUGCAAUUACAGCUAGUGCUGCAAAUACAGUUACUACAGCCAAUGGCACAAAUAGUAGCAGUGCCAGUGGUACAAGCAGUAGCAAUAAUACUGGAGUUGCUAAAAAGAAAACUGACAAAAAACGAGCUUUGAGGCGACUAUAAUAGUGAAUAAUCUUUUUUUUUUGUUUCUUUUAUUUUUGUCAAUAUAAAUAUUGAAUUGAGACCAUAUUUUCCUCCUUUUUAUGAUUUCUGUUCUAGAAAAUAACCUUCUUUUUAUUGGGUGUGUGAUUUAGCAUUCUACGAAUUCCUUUCAUCAUCGUUUGUCCCAUUCAAACUCUGCUCUCAGGUUUCUGCCUUUCAUGAUGACAAUGUAGAUCACACAUGGAAAAGGAAAAAGUUUUCAAUCAAGCUUGUAUUUAUGUUCCCUGAAAUAUCUCAUAAGUAACCUUUAUCACCACGUCACCGAAAUAAACCUUUUAUCGCUUUAUCACCAGGAUAAUAUCGCACAGUGGCAGUUAAACACCGGUCAAGAUAGUGAAACUAUUUUAUUUCAAAACAGUGGCUUAUUUUCUUUUCUUAAAGAAAGCAUCAUGUCAUCUAGAUCUAGAGCAACCAACUGUUCUUAUUUGGCCAAUUUUUAAGGUAAAGUGUCAAUACAGCAUACAUAUGGCACUUCCUAGACAUCCAGCGCCUGUUGAUUUUGCAUAAGAAUGUCAAAAAUGCUUUUGAUGAAGUGGAAAUGUACAGCCAGGACUCCUUGCUCGAGUUUAACUAACUGCAGACACAACCUCUGGAUUUUAAUUAAACACGAGAACAAGAAAUGAACAGAAUCUUCAGGUGUUUCAGAGUGUGAGUAAGCUGAUGGUUUAUCAAAUCGCCUUAUGAGUAAUGAGUUCCAUUCUGCUUCACUUGGAAAGUACACAAGACAGUUCAGCAUCCUGCUGUUGAGUGAUUUUUAGAAGGUUAAACACCAUUCCAGAUCUAAUUUGUAAUAUUUCACACAAAGAAGACAAAAUGCAGCUUUGUCCCUUCACAAUAUUCUACAGCUGUGUAGUGUGUUGAUAGAGUAAGAAUUAGGGAAAGCAUAGAAUGGGUUAAAAUGUGGUCUGAGUAUAACUAAAAUGUGCUCAUGUCUUUUUCCAUGUAUUUUUGUGUGCUGAUACAUUGUCGAUUUUAUACAUUUUUUUUUUCCCAGUUUAAACCAUGUACGUGUUAACGGUUUGCGCUUCUGGCUUUUUGUCAGAGCUCCAUGAAGCAGAAGGGGCAGAUCGUGGUCUUACAAAUUAUUUUUUUAUAUCUAGAAUGAGACGGUCCCUUUUCAAUUUAAAAUGAGCAUUUGUGCUGUUCCACAAUUCUUGUACACGUUUAUUUUUAAUCCAAUAAUGUGAGUCGUUUUUAAAAGCGUUCUAGCGAUAACGCCCCGUACACGUGUAAAUUAGAGCUGAAUUCCAGCUGUGUUGCGCUUUGCGAGGGAAUGUCUCAUCUCGUCACUCUUCUAUCGGUGCAUUUGCCUUCAGUGCACAUCUAACAAUGUCUAUAUUGUCAACACAGGGGGCUUACAGUUCCCAAGGAAGCUCUGUUUUAAAGGCUCUGGGCUCUGCUAAGACCGUGCAUACGGGUAACCUUUUACCAUUUUGGAGGUUCUGUGUGGGCUUUGGGGCAGUUGUGUUCAUUUAAGUUAUUUAAAUUAAAAAUAAAGUAUCUUCUGUUACAUAAGAGUUGUGCUGAACAUUUUUCUGCUUUAUUUUGUAAUUUUUAUUUAUCAACCACUGUCUUUAUUUUAAACUGCUCUAAAAGCACAGCUCUGUGGCAAUAGUAAUUUGUAUCAUGGGUGUAUAUUAACACCCACUUACUAAAAGUUAUCAUUUAGUAACAACUCCUUUUAAAGAGACCUGUAUAAUGGAUGGUGUGUAUGAUGGAAGUCUAAUAAUAAGAUAAGUGCAUAAUUG